AUGAAAGGGCUGUGCAAAGGGGAAAUCUCUGGGAACAGAGGAUGUACUAAAUGCGGCCGCCCGGACUUGGACCCGAUGAAGAUAAUGGGGAUUAAAAGUGGAUUUACAUUUUGGAACCUCGUCUUUCUACUGAUGGUUUCGUGUGCGAAAGGAUUUAUUUAUACUUGCGGUGGAACUUUAAAAGGUCUGAAUGGCACAAUUGAAAGCCCCGGCUUCCCAUAUGGAUAUCCAAACGGUGCAAACUGUACUUGGGUAAUAAUAGCAGAGGAACGAAACAGAAUACAAAUUGUCUUUCAGUCAUUUGCUCUAGAAGAAGAAUAUGACUACUUAUCAUUAUAUGAUGGACACCCUCAUCCUAACAACUUUAGGACAAGGUUAACAGGAUUUCAUCUGCCACCACCGGUUACAAGUACAAAAUCUGUAUUUUCACUGCGUUUGACAAGUGACUUUGCAGUGAGUGCUCAUGGCUUUAAAGUCUACUAUGAAGAAUUACAGAGUAGUUCUUGUGGGAAUCCUGGAGUUCCACCUAAAGGUGUCUUGUAUGGUGCCCGGUUUGAUGUUGGUGAUAAGAUUCGAUACAGCUGUGUAACAGGCUACAUUCUUGAUGGUCAUCCUCAGCUAACAUGCAUAGCCAAUUCAGUUAAUACAGCAUCUUGGGACUUCCCAGUUCCCAUCUGUAGAGCUGAAGAUGCAUGUGGAGGAACAAUGAGAGGAUCGAGUGGCAUAAUUUCCAGCCCCAGUUUUCCUAACGAAUAUCAUAACAACGCUGAUUGCACAUGGACUAUUGUAGCAGAGCCUGGAGACACCAUUUCGCUCAUAUUUACAGACUUCCAAAUGGAGGAGAAAUAUGAUUACUUGGAAAUAGAAGGUUCUGAGCCACCAACAAUAUGGUUAUCUGGAAUGAAUAUACCACCACCAAUUAUCAGUAACAAAAACUGGCUCCGACUGCAUUUUGUUACGGACAGCAACCACCGAUACCGUGGAUUUAGUGCUCCAUAUCAAGUGAAAAAGGCCAUAGAUUUUAAAUCUAGAGGAUUUAAAUUGUUUCCAGGGAAAGACAACAACAACAAGUUUUCUAUCUUCAAUGAGGGUGGCAUUAAACAGGCAUCCAAUUUGUGCCCAGAUCCAGGAGAACCAGAAAAUGGAAAAAGAAUAGGCUCAGAUUUUAGCCUGGGUGCAACUGUGCAGUUUUCUUGUGAUGAAGACUAUGUGCUGCAAGGCUCAAAAAGUAUCACCUGCCAGAGAAUAGCUGAAGUUUUUGCUGCUUGGAGUGAUCAUAGACCUGUAUGUAAAGUUAAGACUUGUGGAUCGAAUCUUCAAGGACCAGGCGGUACCUUCACAUCUCCCAACUUUCCAUUCCAGUAUGAUAGUAAUGCUCAGUGUGUUUGGGUUAUUACAGCAGUGAAUACAAAUAAGGUUAUUCAGAUCAACUUUGAAGAAUUUGAUCUGGAGAUUGGCUACGACACUUUGACAAUCGGUGAUGGAGGGGAAGUUGGAGACCCUAGAACCGUACUGCAAGUGUUGACAGGGAGCUUCGUUCCAGAUUUAAUUGUAAGCAUGAGUAGCCAGAUGUGGCUGCACCUGCAAACAGAUGAAAGUGUUGGAUCCGUUGGCUUCAAAGUUAACUACAAAGAAAUUGAAAAGGAAAGCUGUGGGGAUCCUGGAACACCAUUAUAUGGAAUCAGAGAAGGGGAUGGAUUUUCUAAUCGAGAUGUUUUGAGAUUUGAGUGCCAGUUUGGAUUUGAACUAAUUGGAGAGAAAUCUAUUGUUUGUCAAGAGAACAACCAAUGGUCGGCAAACAUACCAAUUUGUAUUUUUCCUUGCCUCUCAAACUUCACGGCACCAAUGGGAACAGUUCUUUCCCCUGACUACCCAGAAGGCUAUGGCAAUAACCUGAACUGCAUCUGGACAAUAAUCUCAGAUCCAGGGAGCCGAAUUCACCUCUCUUUUAAUGACUUUGACUUAGAAUCCCAGUUUGACUUUCUUGCUGUGAAGGAUGGAGACUCUUCAGACUCCCCGAUACUCGGGACAUUCACUGGCGCUGAGGUCCCUUCGCAUCUUACAAGCAAUAACCACAUUUUGAGACUGGAAUUCCAAGCAGACCACUCAAUGUCAGGUCGCGGAUUUAACAUCACCUAUAAUACAUUUGGACAUAAUGAAUGUCCUGAUCCUGGAAUACCAAUCAAUGCACGUCGUUUUGGAGACAACUUUCAAUUAGGGAGUUCAAUUUCAAUUAUUUGUGAAGAAGGAUUUAUUAAGACACAAGGGACCGAAACAAUUACGUGCAUACUGAUGGAAGGAAAAGUUCUGUGGAGUGGACCAAUUCCUAAAUGUGGAGCUCCAUGUGGUGGGCAUUUUUCAUCACCCAGUGGAGUAAUCCUUUCCCCAGGAUGGCCGGGCUAUUAUAAAGAUUCCUUGAAUUGUGAGUGGGUGAUUGAAGCUGAACCUGGACACUCUAUCAAAAUAACAUUUGAAAGAUUCCAGACGGAACUCAAUUAUGAUGUUUUGGAAGUUCAUGAUGGACCAAAUCUUUUGUCACCCCUUCUUGGAUCUUACAAUGGAACACAAGUCCCCCAGUUUUUAUUUAGUAGCAGCAAUUUCAUAUAUCUACUCUUUACAACCGAUAACAGCCGUUCUAAUAAUGGAUUCAAAAUUCAUUAUGAAAGUGUUACAGUAAAUACAUAUUCAUGUCUGGAUCCUGGCAUACCAGUGCAUGGACAGCGUUAUGGUUAUGAUUUUUCUAUCGGCUCUGCCGUGUCAUUCAGCUGUGAUCCAGGAUAUAGGCUAAGCCAUGAAGAACCACUCUUAUGUGAAAAAAAUCACUGGUGGAGUCAUUCACUUCCAACAUGUGAUGCAUUAUGUGGGGGAGAUAUAAGGGGACCUAGUGGAACAGUACUAUCCCCUGGUUAUCCUGACUUCUACCCAAAUUCUCUGAAUUGCACAUGGACUGUAGAUGUAACUCAUGGAAAAGGAGUGCAGUUUGCCUUUCACACCUUUCACUUGGAAGAUCACCAUGACUACUUACUAAUCACAGAAAACGGUAGUUUUACACAACCUUUGGCACGACUGACAGGCUCAGAAAUUCCUUCGGUAAUCAACGCUGGCCUCUAUGGAAAUUUUAGGGCACAAUUGCGUUUUAUUUCAGACUUUUCCAUAUCAUACGAAGGAUUCAACAUUACAUUUUCUGAAUAUAACCUGGAACCUUGUGAGGAUCCAGGAAUUCCAAAAUAUGGUAACCGGAUCGGAUUUAAUUUUGGAGUCGGAGACACUCUCACUUUCUCCUGUUCAUCUGGAUACCGCCUGGAAGGAGCUUCAGAAAUCAUCUGUCUUGGUGGUGGCCGCCGUGUAUGGAGUGCACCUCUGCCAAGGUGUGUGGCUGAAUGUGGCACAUCCGCAACCAAUAAUGAAGGAAUUUUGCUGUCGCCCAAUUAUCCACUGAACUAUGAAAAUAACCAUGAAUGCAUUUAUAGCAUUCAGGUACAAGCAGGAAAGGGAAUCAAUAUUUCAGCCAGAACAUUUCACUUAGCACAAGGAGAUGUCCUUAAGAUAUAUGAUGGAAAAGAUAAAACAACUCACCUGCUGGGUGCUUUCAUUGGGGCAUCAAUGAGGGGACUGACCCUCAGCAGCACCUCAAAUCAACUUUGGUUAGAAUUUAAUUCUGAUUCUGAAGGAACCGAUGAAGGUUUUCAACUUGUUUACACCAGCUUUGAACUCUCACACUGUGAGGAUCCUGGUGUGCCACAAUUUGGAUACAAGAUCAGUGACCAAGGCCAUUUUGCUGGCAGCACCAUUAUUUAUGGAUGUAAUCCAGGGUACACACUCCACGGAAGUAGCAUUCUAAAGUGCAUGACAGGAGAGAGACGGGCAUGGGAUUAUCCUCUACCAUCCUGUAUUGCUGAAUGUGGAGGCCGUUUCAAAGGAGAAUCAUCAGGAAGAAUCUUAUCUCCUGGCUAUCCCUUUCCUUAUGACAAUAAUCUGCGAUGUAUGUGGUUGAUUGAAGUGGAUCCAGGAAACAUUGUCAGUCUGCAGUUUCUUGCCUUUGAUACUGAGGCAUCUCAUGAUAUCAUCCGAGUUUGGGAUGGCCCACCUGAAAAUGAGAUGUUACUGAAGGAACUUAGUGGAUCGCUUAUUCCAGAGGGCAUUCACAGCACCCUCAAUAUAGUGACUAUCCAGUUUGACACUGACUUUUACAUCAGUAAAUCAGGAUUUGCCAUCCAAUUUUCAAGCUCUGUGGCUACUGCUUGCCGUGAUCCAGGAGUCCCAAUGAAUGGAACAAGAAAUGGAGAUGGACGAGAACCUGGGGACACUGUUAUCUUUCAAUGUGACCCUGGAUAUGAGCUGCAAGGAGAAGAGAGAAUAACCUGUAUUCAGGUAGAAAACCGGUACUUCUGGCAACCCAGCCCACCAGUUUGUAUAGCACCAUGUGGAGGCAACCUGACAGGCUCUUCAGGUUUUAUUCUAUCACCAAACUUCCCUCAUCCAUACCCUCAUAGCAGAGACUGUGACUGGACAAUUGCUGUUAAUGCUGAUUACGUUAUAUCGCUCGCAUUUAUCAGUUUCAGCAUAGAGCCAAACUAUGACUUUCUUUAUAUAUAUGAUGGGCCAGACAACAAUAGCCCAUUAAUUGGAAGCUUUCAAGACAGCAAAUUGCCAGAAAGGAUUGAAAGCAGUUCCAAUACAAUGCAUUUGGCUUUUCGGAGUGAUGGAUCUGUUAGCUUUACUGGAUUCCACCUAGAAUACAAAGCAAAACUGCGUGAGUCCUGCUUUGAUCCAGGCAAUAUCAUGAAUGGCACUAGACUUGGAAUGGAUUAUAAACUCGGCUCAACAGUCACCUAUUACUGUGAUGCAGGCUAUGUUCUUCAAGGAUAUUCAACGCUCACUUGUAUUAUGGGAGAUGAUGGAAGGCCUGGAUGGAACAGGGCACUCCCAAGUUGUCAUGCUCCCUGCGGUAGUCGAUCGACAGGAUCCGAAGGCACCGUUUUAUCACCAAAUUAUCCCAAAAACUACAGUGUAGGACACAACUGUGUUUACUCUAUAGCAGUUCCCAAGGAAUUUGUGGUGUUUGGCCAGUUUGUAUUUUUCCAGACAUCACUCCAUGAUGUGGUUGAGGUGUAUGAUGGGCCAACUCAGCAGUCUUCCCUGUUAUCUUCCCUCUCAGGAUCCCAUUCAGGAGAAUCACUUCCACUGAGUUCAGGUAAUCAGAUCACAAUUCGAUUUACUUCAGUUGGACCAAUAACAGCUAAGGGAUUUCACUUUGUUUACCAAGCUGUUCCCAGAACGAGUGCAACACAAUGCAGUUCUGUGCCUGAACCAAGAUUUGGAAAAAGGCUCGGCAACGAAUUUGCAGUUGGUUCGUUGGUUCUCUUCGAAUGCAAUCCAGGAUACAUUCUCUAUGGCUCCAUAGCAAUUAGAUGUGAGACAGUGCCCAACGCUUUAGCACAGUGGAAUGAUUCUUUGCCUACAUGUGUUGUGCCCUGUGGUGGAAUUUUAACUAAGCGCAAAGGGACCAUUCUGUCUCCUGGAUACCCUGAGCCGUAUGACAACAAUCUGAAUUGUGUAUGGAAGAUCACAGUGCCAGAGGGAGCUGGAAUUCAGGUACAGGUUGUCAGUUUUGCCACUGAACAUAACUGGGAUUCUCUGGACUUUUAUGAUGGAGGAGACAAUAAUGCUCCAAGACUGGGAAGUUAUUCAGGAACUACAAUACCACAACUUCUGAACAGUACAUCCAACAAUUUGUACUUAAAUUUUCAGUCAGAUAUUAGUGUUUCAGCCGCGGGAUUUCACCUAGAAUACACAGCAAUUGGCUUGGAUUCUUGUCCUGAACCACUAACCCCAAGCAGUGGAAUUAAACUUGGAGACAGAUACAUGGUUGGAGAUGUGGUGUCUUUUCAGUGUGAUCAAGGAUACUCUCUUCAGGGGCAUUCACAUAUAACCUGUAUGCCUGGACCAGUAAGAAGAUGGAAUUAUCCAAUUCCAAUAUGCCUAGCUCAAUGUGGUGGUGCCAUGUCUGACUUCAGUGGUGUGAUCCUGAGUCCUGGGUUCCCUGGAAAUUAUCCCAGCAGCUUAGAUUGUACAUGGACAAUCAAACUGCCAAUAGGAUUUGGAGUACACUUGCAAUUUGUAAAUUUUUCUACGGAAACAAUUCAUGAUUAUUUGGAAGUAAGAAGUGGCUCUUCAGAAACUAGCACUGUUAUUGGACGACUUAGUGGGCCUCAGACACCGGCUUCUCUAUUCAGCACAACUCAUGAAACCAGCAUGUAUUUUCAUAGUGACUAUUCUCAAAACAAACAAGGAUUCCACAUAAUAUAUCAAGCUUAUCAGUUGCAAAGUUGUCCUGAUCCCCGCCCAUUUCGUAAUGGCUUUGUGAUUGGAAAUGAUUUGACUGUGGGCCAAACUGUUUCAUUUGAAUGCUUCCCUGGAUACACAUUAAUUGGAAACUCAGCUCUUACUUGCCUCCAUGGAGUCAGUCGUAACUGGAAUCAUCCUCUCCCAAGGUGUGAAGCUCUGUGUGGAGGAAAUAUAACUGCAAUGAAUGGCACCAUUUAUUCUCCUGGAUUCCCUGAUGAAUAUCCUAACUUUCAAGACUGUUUUUGGCUUGUAAGAGUCCCACCAGGAAAUGGAAUUUACAUCAAUUUCACAGUACUGCAAACAGAACCAAUAUAUGAUUUCAUUACUGUAUGGGAUGGACCCGACCAAACCUCACCUCAAAUUGGACAGUUCAGUGGUAACACUGCAUUGGAGUCGGUCUACAGCACUUCAAAUCAGAUCCUAAUCAAGUUCCACAGUGAUUUUACUACAAGUGGAUUUUUUGUACUCAGUUACCAUGCCUACCAACUACGAGUGUGCCAGCCUCCUCCAUCCAUACCAAAUGCUGAAAUUUUGACUGAGGAUGACGAAUUAGAAAUAGGUGACAUAAUAAGGUACCAGUGCCUACCAGGCUUCACGCUGGUUGGCAAUGAGAUUCUAACGUGCAGAUUAGGCGAACGUCUUCAAAUGGAUGGAGCCCCUCCUGCCUGCCAAGUACUUUGCCCUGCUAAUGAAUUACGGUUGGAUUCAACUGGUGUCAUACUUAGCCCUGGCUACCCUGACAGCUAUCCAAACCUUCAAAUGUGUGCCUGGAGCAUUUCUGUGGAAAAGGGAUAUAACAUUAGCAUGUUUGUUGAAUUCUUCCAGACAGAAAAGGAGUUUGAUGUUCUUCAGGUGUAUGAUGGGCCAAAUAUCCAAAGUCCAGUGCUUAUUUCCCUAAGUGGAGAUUAUUCUUCUGCACUGAAUAUAUCCAGCAGUGGUCACGAAGUAUUCCUACAAUGGUCAGCAGAUCACGGAAAUAAUAAGAAAGGCUUCAGAAUAAGAUAUAUAGCUCUUUAUUGUAGCACUCCAGAAUCCCCUCCCCAUGGAUAUAUCAUCAGUCAGACUGGUGGACAGCUUAAUAGUGUGGUUCGCUGGGCCUGUGACCGGGGGUUCCGGCUUAUUGGAAAAAGCAGUGCUGUGUGCAGAAAGUCCGCAUACGGAUACCAUGCAUGGGAUGCACCCGUUCCUGCCUGCCAAGCAAUUUCUUGCGGCAUUCCUAAAGCUCCAGCCAAUGGAGGAAUAUUGGCAACGGAUUAUUUGGUGGGAACACGUGUGACCUAUUUUUGCAAUGAUGGCUAUAGACUUUCUUCUAAGGAACUUACUACUGCAGUUUGCCAGUCAGAUGGAACAUGGAGCAAUCAUAAUAAAACACCUCGUUGUGUGGUUGUUACGUGCCCAAGUAUUAAUUCCUUUUCCUUGGAACAUGGACGAUGGCGUAUUGUGAAUGGGUCUCACUAUGAAUACAAAACCAAGGUUGUUUUCAGCUGUGAUCCUGGUUAUCAUGGGCUGGGCCCCGCCUCGAUUGAAUGCCUUGCAAAUGGAACCUGGAGCUGGAGAAAUGAAAGGCCUUACUGCCAAAUUAUUUCUUGCGGAGACCUUCCAGUACCACCAAAUGGAAAUAAAAUUGGAACUCAAAUUUCAUAUGGAUCAACAGCAAUCUUCACUUGUGAUUCCGGGUUUAUGCUUGUUGGUUCAGCUGUAAGGGAAUGUCUUUCUUCUGGACUCUGGAGUGGAAGUGAGACCAGAUGUUUAGCGGGUCACUGCGGCAUCCCAGAGUUCAUUGUCAAUGGUCAAGUCAUUGGAGAGAAUUAUGGCUAUCGGGACACAGUUGUGUAUCAGUGCAACCCUGGUUUUCGACUGAUUGGCUCUUCGGUUCGAAUAUGCCAACAGGAUCACAACUGGUCUGGACAGCUACCAUCCUGUGUGCCUGUUAGCUGUGGCCAUCCCGGUAGUCCAAUUUAUGGAAGAACUAGUGGAAAUGGUUUCAACUUCAAUGAUGUGGUGACAUUUUCUUGCAUUGUGGGCUAUGUCAUGCAAGGGCCCACAAAAGCCCAGUGUCAAGCCAAUAGGCAAUGGAGCCACCCACCCCCAGUUUGUAAAGUGGUCAAUUGUUCUGAUCCUGGAAUUCCAGCAAAUUCUAAACGAGAAAGUAAAAUUGAACAUGGAAAUUUCACCUAUGGAACUGUAGUGUUCUAUGACUGCAAUCCUGGAUAUUUUCUUUUUGGAUCUUCAGUUUUGAUUUGUCAGCCAAAUGGCCAGUGGGAUAAACAUUUACCGGAAUGUAUCAUGAUUGACUGUGGCCAUCCUGGCGUUCCUCCUAAUGCAAUCCUGUCUGGAGAGAAGUAUACAUUUGGAUCAACUGUUCAUUACUCCUGCUCAGGAAGACGAACCCUAUUGGGCCAAUCAGCCCGCACCUGCCAAUUAAAUGGACAGUGGAGUGGAUCUCAGCCUCAUUGCUCAGGUGCUGUUGCUGGCUCUUGUGGAGAUCCAGGAAUUCCUGGUCAUGGUUCCAGAGAAAACAGUGACUUCAGAACCAAAAGUACUGUGCGUUUCACUUGUGAAACUGGUUAUAUCCUCCAAGGCUCAGAAGAAAGAACGUGUUUAGCCAAUGGAAGUUGGACAGGACGUCAACCAGAAUGUAAAGCUGUGCAGUGUGGGAAUCCUGGAACAUCUGCUAAUGGGAAAGUCUUUCGACUCGAUGGCACGACAUUUGCUAGUUCCGUAAUUUAUUCCUGCAUGGAGGGAUACAUUCUUUCUGGAUCCUCCGUAAGACAGUGCACUGCUAACGGAACGUGGUCAGGAUCUCUGCCUAAUUGCACAAUAAUCAGUUGUGGUGAUCCAGGUGUGCCAGCUAAUGGAAUGAGGUAUGGAGAUGAUUAUGUAGUUGGACAAAAUGUCACAUACAUGUGCCAGCCUGGAUACGCGAUGGAAUUGAAUGGUUCCAGGAUCCGGACGUGCACCAGUAACGGCACAUGGAGCGGGACAAUUCCAACUUGUAGAGCUGUUACCUGCCCAACUCCUCCCCAGAUCUCUAAUGGAAGGUUGGAAGGAACAAAUUUUGACUGGGGAUUCAGUAUUAGCUACAUCUGUUCUCCUGGAUACGAGCUAUCUUUCCCUGCUGUUUUGACCUGUGUAGGAAAUGGGACAUGGAGUGGUGAAGUGCCACAGUGCUUACCAAAGUUUUGUGGUGACCCCGGGACACCUGCCCAAGGGAAAAGGGAAGGAAAAAGUUUCAUCUACCAAUCCGAGGUCUCUUUUAGCUGCACCUCUCCUUUCAUCUUGGUGGGGUCCAGCACAAGGAUAUGUCAAGCCGAUGGGACGUGGAGUGGCUCAUCACCACGUUGUAUAGAACCCACCCGCACAGCAUGUGAAAAUCCAGGAGUACCCCAUCAUGGAUCCCAGAACAACACCUUUGGAUUUCAAGUAGGGAACGUUAUCCAGUUCAGUUGCAAAAAGGGACAUCUGCUCCAAGGAUCUACAACUCGCACCUGCCUUCCUGAUCUCACAUGGAGUGGGAUUCAGCCAGAAUGCAUACCACACAGCUGUAAACAACCAGAAACUCCAGCCCAUGCAAAUGUUGUUGGAAUGGACCUGCCAUUGCAUGGUUAUACGCUAAUUUACACCUGUCAGGAUGGGUUCUUUUUAGCUGGCGGAACAGAGCAUAGGGUCUGCAGAUCUGACAGCACGUGGACUGGGAAAGUUCCAGUUUGUGAAGCUGGUUCCAAAAUAUUGGUGAAAGAUCCUAGACCGGCACUGGGUACACCAAGUCCUAAGCUAAGUGUUCCUGAUGAUGUGUUUGCACAAAAUUACAUAUGGAAGGGAUCCUUUAAUUACAAAGGAAAGAAACAACCUAUGACUUUGACGGUUACCAGUUUCAAUGCAUCUACUGGAAGAGUAAAUGCCACACUCAGCAACACCAAUAUGGAAUUGCUAUUAUCAGGAGUGUAUAAAAGCCAAGAAGCUCGUCUAAUGCUCCAUAUAUAUUUCAUCAAAGCACCUGCUCAUGCUUCCGUGAACAAAAUGAAAGAAGAAAAAUGGGCUAUGGAUGGUUUUGUUUCUGCUGAACCUGAUGGAGCUACAUAUGUAUUUCAAGGAUUUAUUCAGGGUAAAGAUUAUGGACAAUUUGGACUUCAAAGAUUAGGGUUGAAUAUGUCGGAAGGUGCCAAUUCUUCAAAUCAACCACAUGGAACCAACAGUAGUUCUGUGGCCAUUGCUAUCCUUGUGCCUUUCUUUGCUCUUAUAUUUGCAGGUUUUGGGUUUUAUCUUUAUAAACAAAGGACUGCCCCCAAAACACAGUAUACUGGAUGCUCAGUUCAUGAAAACAACAACGGUCAAGCCGCUUUUGAAAACCCCAUGUACGACACCAACACAAAAUCCGUAGAAGGAAAAGCAGUAAGAUUUGAUCCCAACUUAAACACAGUCUGCACAAUGGUAUAAGGUGAUAAUGUUUUACCUUCUUCGGAAGUUUGGAAAUUGAAAUACAACAGUGCACAUUUAGUUCACUGCUAAACAAAUUAAAGCACACUUUUCAGGAUUUGCUGGGUCACCUUUUCCUGAGGAACAAGAGAGAAGAGUGUCUUUUUCAUAAACUGAUACAGAAUUUUCUUCAUGUGUACCAUGGAGAGUUUUACAGAGAAUCAGCUGCACUCUGUGAGUGCUUACUCACAGUUUAUUUGCUUUUUUAAAAAAGGAGAUUAUUCUAAAACAUAAACAUAUUUGCAUAUAUUGGAGGAGCAUCCACUAUCAGUAUUUCUGUGCUUUAUAAACUAUAUUAGAGGAUCUGGGUUAAAAAAAAAGAUAUAGGGUAGAAAAUAAGAGCUAGACUCACAAGAGACAAUAGAUCACUGACUUCUCUUUAAUCAUCAUGAGCUUCGGAUAUUGCUACAUCAUUCCCAUCAGUAUGUAGUUUGUCCAAUUCUUGUUGGUCAAAAAUUGUUUUGUCCUGUUUCCAUGAUUUUAAAGAUUUUAUCUUAGCCUACAUACCCCAUACAACUAUUUUGUCAAAAGGAUAAUUAAAUAUCAGGUCUCCUACUCCAUUCCUCAAAUUCCCUGUUUCUUGUUUUCAUCCCUAUGCCUAUCAGAUAACCAUUUUUCUGAGAUUAACAGUAGUUGACAAAAAAUGAGUUUAUCAUGCAACUGAUUAUUUCCCCACAAUUUUUGUCACCUUUCUGAAUCCUUUUUUACUAGCAAAGUUCAUUAUUUUGCAUUUUUCUAAAACACCAAAAUUUUCUAUCUUUGAUGUUGUGGUCUCAAAAAUUUGAUAAUAUAGUAUCAGAUGUUAGAACAGAGGAUUUUAGAUCAUAACAUCUUGGCCCUUCUGUUCUUAUUUGAUUCAUUUUCUCUUCCAUUAUAUUUUCAACAUUUUACCACUUCUCUAUUUCAUUGGGUUGUGUUUUAUGCUUGAAUAAGAGAGUGCAGGAAAAUAGACUGUACACAAAUCCUAAUAGUGCGAUUUAGAGAUCAAUGUAUUGUAACCUUGCAAAUAAAAAUUUGGUUUCAAAUAACUAAUGAGAAAUCCCCAAAAGGCAGACUUCAGACAUGGCAAAAUUGUUAUCACAAUAAGACGUCUUCAUAUUCUCACAACUAUUUUGAUUUUGUGGGUCAUUUUCUCAGCAUUCUACAAUUUGUUAUAUACAGGUAUGUAUCCAGUAUGAAUUAUCUGUUGUUGCCCCUUUCAAAUAUCAAUAACUCUGUGAAAAAUCUAAACUUUUACUAUUAUAAAACAGAGUGCCUACCAAAAAUCAUUGUACCCAGGACUGCUGCUUGGAUUUCUAUAAUGUUUGAUGAAUUUCUUAUAUACCAUUUGAAGACACCUUGUUUGGAAUUUCAUACAGUUCUUUCAAAGCUGCAUUCUGCUGAAAGGAUGCUGUUUUAUACUUUCUGCCAUCAGUUAAUUAUUCUUGUUUAUUCAAAUGACU